AUACUAGUACCACCGUGUUCUCGUACCGAAAGCAUUUUGCCCCGGAAAUCGAGAAGAAAGCACGCUCCCUAAUGCCGACGAGAUCUUUCGCUCCUCUUUUUCUCCUGUUUUUAGCCACGUGGCGUUGCAUUACAGAGCUUAGAUCUGAGGCUCAACGUCUUCCUAAUGAAGAAGUGGAGACGCUUAAGCUAAUAGCGAAUAAAUUAAAGAUGAGCGGUUGGGAUUUCAAAGAAAAUCCAUGCAGUGGGACCGGAGGGUGGGCCAACAUCGUGAACGAGCACUUCAGGAGCAAUGUCACGUGCGACUGUUCGUACAACAGCUCGACCGUAUGUCAUAUUAAAGUCAUAGAGCUCAAGGGUCAGAACCUGACUGGACUGCUGCCUGAAGAAUUCGCAGAUCUUCCAUACUUGGAACAAAUCGAUCUCACUUUUAACCUCCUGAGCGGAAAGAUACCAGCCAGAUGGGCUUCUCUCCCCCUCACUCACGUGUCCAUUUUGGGAAACCGCCUCACCGGAACGGUCCCGAAAGAGUUCGGAAGAAUCGGCACCCUCACUUCAUUGGUAUUAGAAGAUAAUCAACUUGAAGGACCUCUUCCUCCAGAGCUUGGCAACUUGAGCAACUUACAGAGAUUCCUCGCUUCUGCAAAUAACUUCACAGGACCACUUCCCGACACAUUUCGCAAGCUGACAAAGUUGACUAUUUUUACAAUAGAUGGGAAUCCUAUCUACGGGAAGAUUCCUGAUUUCAUUGGGAACUGGACACAAAUCCAAAGAUUAGAUAUGCAAGGGACGUCUAUGGAGGGACCCUUUCCUCCUAACAUCGCUCUCUUGAAAAAUUUAACACAACUGAGGAUAACUGACUUGAAGGGAUUGAGUGUGGGCUUCCCGCCAUUGGAGAAUAUGAGAGACAUGAAGAUACUGAUACUAAGAAAUUGCUUGAUUUCUGGUGAAAUCCCGAAUUUUAUUGCCAACAACAUGAAGAAUCUAAAAGCCCUAGACCUAAGCUUUAACAACUUGACCGGAAAAUUUCCCGAAAACUUUGAUUUGUCAUCUUCAAUUAAUUUUAUGUACCUUACUAACAAUAAGCUGACUGGAGAUAUACCCGAGUGGAUAUUGAGAAGCACGGCACGCUUGGAUAUAUCCAAUAAUCAUUUUACAGGUCCGCCUCCACCAUCCCAUUGUCAGCAGGGGAAUGUGAAUUUGGUCUCCAGUUAUUCAUCUACUGAAAACAGCUCUAUUGCUUCAUGCUUUAGACAGAACCUCCCCUGCUCAAAAAAAGCACAAUAUUAUUCCUUAUUCAUAAAUUGCGGCGGCAGGGCAAUGACUAUUGGGAAGCAAGAAUAUGACGGUGACUUAUCAGAAAUGGGACCCUCGACAUUCUCUUCUACUGACAGAUGGGCUUAUAGUAGCACAGGGGACUACAUGGACAAUGACAAGGCACACUUCAUAGCAACAAAUACAUCUGUGUUGAAGAUAACUACUCCGGACUUGUACAUGACUGCUCGCCUUGCCCCUCUCUCCCUUAAAUACUAUGGACUCUGUUUGCAGAAUGGCAAUUACUCGGUGAAACUUCACUUUGCUGAAAUAAUAUAUACAGAUGACCAAACCUAUAUCAGCAAUGGAAGGCGUAUAUUUGACGUAUCGAUCCAGGGUCGAAGAGUUUUGAAGGAUUUCAACAUCCAAGAAGUAGCUGGUGGACCUGGUCGGGAAGUUAUUAAGCCCUUCACUACGAAUGUGACUGAUCACACGUUGGAGAUCCACUUAUACUGGGCUGGUAAAGGGACAACUGCCAUUCCAGAUAGAGGUGUAUAUGGACCGCUCAUAUCAGCUAUUACAGUGACACCGAACUUCAAGCCAGAUACUGGAGACAGUGGGCUAUAUGUGGGAGCUAUUGUUGGUAUUGCAGCUGCUUCCUGCAUAACAGUUGCGUUGAUAUUGCUCAUUCUUUGGAUGAAAGGUUGCUUGGGACGAAAAGACCUUGUAGAUGAAGAACUCAAAGGCCUAGAAUUACAGACAGGUUACUUCAGCUUAAAACAAAUUAAAGCUGCAACCAAUAACUUCGAUCCUGCAAAUAAAAUAGGUGAAGGUGGGUUUGGGCCAGUUUACAAGGGUACACUCUCAGAUGGUUCCAGAGUAGCUGUAAAGCAACUCUCUUCUAGGUCCAAGCAAGGGAACCGCGAGUUCAUAAACGAGAUAGGCAUGAUAUCUGCUCUACAACACCCAAAUCUUGUAAAACUUUUUGGAUGUUGCGUGGAAGGAAACCAGCUGCUUGUAAUAUAUGAAUACAUGGAAAACAAUAGCCUUGCGCGUGCACUGUUUGGUCGUGAGGAACAUAAAUUGAAUCUGGACUGGCCAACAAGGCAUAAGAUUUCAUUGGGGAUAGCGAGGGGUUUGUUCCAUCUACACGAAGAAUCAAGGCUGAAGAUUGUUCAUCGAGAUAUAAAGGCAACCAAUGUUCUGCUUGAUAAGGAUCUUAAUGCCAAGAUAUCUGACUUUGGUUUAGCUAAGCUCGAUGAACAGGAAAACACACACAUCAGCACUCGAAUAGCUGGAACCAUAGGAUAUAUGGCUCCUGAAUAUGCAAUGAGGGGCUACUUGACCGACAAAGCAGAUGUUUACAGCUUCGGAGUUGUUUUGCUGGAGAUUGUCAGUGGGACGAACAACACGAAUUACAUGCCAAAGGAUGAUUUUGUUUAUCUUCUUGACUGGGCCUAUGUCCUACAAGAGCAGGGAAAUCUCUUAGAACUUGUAGACCCGAGACUCGGGUCAGACUACUCCGAGGAAGAGGCAUUGAGGACGCUGAAUUUGGCUAUCUUAUGCACGAACCCAUCUCCUAGCCUCAGGCCAGCUAUGUCUGCUGCAAUUAGCAUGCUUGAAGGGAAAAUAGAAGUGCGGGCCCCACUUGUGAAGCGGACUUCAAGGAAUGAGAAUUUGAGGUUCAAGGCCUUGGAUAGGCACUCUCAAGACAGCCAAAUGCAUAGCAUAUCAACAGAGGGUCAAUUCUUGUAUUCCUCAGUAUCAACAGAAGGCCCAUCAGUGUAUUCCUCAGUAUCUCUACGUAGCAUAGAGGAAGAGAGUGGGACCUGUCAUUUAAUGGGCAAGGCUCCUCUUGAUCACUCUGAUUCUGAUGAAAACAGUGUAAUGCUAGGAUGAGAGGUAAGAACAAACACUGGAUUCAGACGCCUACGUUCUACAUUAAUAUGCAUGCAUAUGUACCCAUUUCAAUUUACUCCUGGCUUUCCAAUUUCAUUACUCAUGGGAUUACUAAUGCAUCCACAGUCCAUUGUAACAUUAUCAUAAUAACAGCAUCCUUGAAAACUUCUCGAUGGAUUAAGAUUUAUUUAGCCGUAAUUGGUAUUUC